UAUAGUCCCUAUGGCAGGGUGGGGGAGCCGUGUAGGAGGGGAGCACAGAUUCCGUGUAACGGAAAAGCACGGAAAGGGAAACGGGCAAGAAAUAUGAGUCGAAAUCGCCCGUGUGAAGGUUUCCAUCUUGAAGGAAUAAAAAAAAAUCUGUCCAGUUUGUGAGAGGGACGAGUAAAGGAGUACAGAGUGUGAGAGAAAAAAGAGCGAGAGGAGAGGACGACAGGAAGAAGAGGCGCGUCAGGAGGCGAUCACAGGCGUCUGACAGCCAGCUCAGGAACUUCACUGGAUUCGGUUUCUUCACUUUACUUCGACGCGAGUCUCAAGUUUUGGUUCGUUGCAGUUCAGACGUUGUUUAUGAUUUGACUUUAGUGUGAUUACCUCAGAGGCUGGCUGUGUCUGGAUCGAGUUCCGCUUUGAUAAACAGAAGACUGUGUCGGAGUUUGGAAAUACAAUGCAGGCCGUCGGUGGCGUGUCCUGUGUAUUUCUUCAGCACGGGGAAACAUUUGGCAUCUAACCCCAGAUACUUGUUUUGCCCCAAGGGGCAAAAGGUGUACAUCUGAGCUGCGGUGUCCCUGCUCGUCGAGGUUUAUCACAUACUUCCUGCAAACAGUCCGGUUGGCCCACGAGUGAGGACAUCCAGUCAGAGGAACUUGUGGAACUACCGCCUCUGUGAAAUCAACACGGUGCACCGAACUGCUUUGUUUACAUGUGUUUGUUGUCACAGAGACAUCCUGUAAAGUGUAUGGGGAUUACAGUAUUGUCUGUCUUUUUUAAAGGACUCGGUCUCAGCCUGCCAGAGGCCAGGCACUCUGUACUGUAGGCGGGUGAAGGGGAGCUGAGUGACCGCAGCACACACACGCUUCGUGAAGCUUUGGCUCUGUGACAUUGCCAGUAGAGGGCUGUGUGUGUCACUGGAUUAAUCUCAGUGAUAACAUCACUCCACACUGUCCUACUCUGUCCAGUGACGAGUCCCCCCAGAAAGUGCCAGUAAUUGGAGCUAUUUUUAGCGUAAGGGAUGGGGUAAAAGCAGGCAGCUGGAAACCCAACUCCCCUCCACCUCCUUCUCUUCCACCCAUUCUAUCAUACUACCUUGCUCAGCCCACCUGGCAGUAUGCUGGGCAAGCCUGGUUAGCACAGACUUAACUUGAGCUAGUUCAUUUGUUCUACUUGAAGAAAAAGAAACACUGGAUGAACUUCUUCUGUGGAAUAACAUGAUAUCUCUUGGAACCAUACUGACCACAGAGUGUUAGAAACCUGGGAAUACUAGCUGCACUCUACACAUACACCCUGUCCUGGAUUACUACCAAGAUGUCUGAAGAACUACUAGCAUAAGCAAGUAGAGUCUAUGCCUUUACCCCUCGGACAUUUGGCUCAAACUCUUAAUCAGAGUAGCACUUGUUAACAUACUAUAGAAGGAAGGCCUACUUUUAACUAUUUAAAAUAUCAGUCACCAGCGAACUGGAGCAGUACAAACCUCCAGCACAGAGAAAGAAUGCAUGAAACUGCCAAGACCAAUGUAAUAAAAAGCUAACCUGACUAACCAAAUAUUCUAUUUUCCCCACUCCCUUGACCAACAGAGAAACAGAAUAUAUAUGUAAAAUGAGAUCUAUAUCUAUAGUGUAACUCCACAGAACACAGAGAUUACAUGCUUUAUAUUUUUACUUCAGAGAGACAAGCUGCCUGUACACCAGUUGGUUGCCUUAGAAACCACAGUCACAAAAUAAUUUAAAAAGAAACAAGCCAGAGAAGACGGUGCCUUUUGAUUGGUUGGUUGGUUUCCCACCAUUUCAAGAUCCAUUGAUUUAGCUGGAUGUAAACAGUUGAAGUGAACUCUGGGAUUAAUACACAUCUGAUGACAGUUACCUAAACCCUCACCCACACACCUGUGAGUGUUUUGAUUGACAGUUUUUCCCUGCUGGAUUGAACAGUUGCCAAGAAUUUCCAUGGUGAUCACGUCAUCAUCCGUGGAGGACAAGACUUUGCCCUCUUGCAGGAUGGUCCAAUCAGAACCCUGGAUCACCUCUGCCCUGCUGCACAAGAACAAGAGUGUAAGCAGCUCAGGAUGUCCACCCACCUCCUCCUCCUCCUCCUCCUCCUCCUCCUCCUCCUCCACUGCCCAGGGCUUCUCCCUCGCUGAGCCAGCCAUGACCAGCCAGCACACACAUACACACCCCUCCUUCAGCUCCAUCCACUCCAUGGCCGAGCAGCAGCAGGUGCUGUCUGAUAUGACCAUACUCCAGCGGAGGAUCCCCCCCAGUUUCAGAGACCCUGCCAGUGCCCCACUGAGAAAACUCUCUGUUGACCUCAUCAAAACUUACAAGCACAUCAAUGAGGUGUACUAUACUAAGAAGAAGCGGCGGGCCCAGCAGGUCCCUCCAGAGGACAGCAGCACCAAGAAGGAGAGAAAAGUCUACAAUGACGGCUAUGACGAUGACAACUAUGACUACAUUGUCAAAAAUGGAGAAAAGUGGCUGGACCGCUAUGAGAUAGACUCACUGAUUGGGAAGGGCUCAUUUGGACAGGUGGUGAAGGCCUACGACCACCAUGAGCAAGAAUGGGUUGCCAUUAAGAUCAUCAAGAACAAAAAGGCAUUUCUAAACCAGGCACAGAUUGAACUACGCCUACUGGAGCUCAUGAACAAGCAUGACACUGAGAUGAAAUAUUACAUAGUCCACCUGAAGCGUCACUUUAUGUUUAGGAACCAUCUCUGUUUGGUGUUUGAGUUGUUGAGCUACAACCUGUAUGAUUUGCUGAGGAACACCAACUUCAGAGGAGUCUCUCUCAACCUCACCAGGAAAUUUGCACAGCAGCUCUGUACAGCGUUAUUAUUCCUGGCCACUCCAGAGUUGUCAAUCAUCCACUGCGACCUGAAACCAGAGAACAUCCUGCUGUGUAACCCCAAGAGAUCUGCCAUCAAGAUAGUUGACUUUGGAUCUUCCUGCCAGCUUGGACAGAGGAUCUAUCAGUACAUCCAGAGCAGGUUUUACCGUUCUCCUGAGGUUCUGUUGGGAAUGCCAUAUGACUUGGCGAUUGACAUGUGGUCUCUGGGAUGCAUCCUGGUGGAGAUGCACACAGGAGAACCUCUCUUCAGUGGAUCCAAUGAGGUUGACCAGAUGAAUAAGAUUGUGGAGGUUCUUGGGGUCCCACCCAGCCACAUGCUGGAUGCUGCUCCUAAAGCUAGGAAGUACUUUGACAAGCUGUCAGAUGGUCUUUGGACAGUGAAGAAGAACAAGGACAUCAAGAAGGAGUAUAAGCCUCCAGCCACACGCCGUCUUCAUGAGAUUUUGGGUGUUGAGACUGGCGGCCCAGGGGGGCGGAGGGCAGGAGAGCCAGGACACGCCCCCUGUGACUACCUGAAGUUUAAAGACCUGAUCCUGCGCAUGCUGGACUACGACCCUAAAAGCCGCAUCACGCCAUUCUAUGCCCUGCAGCACAAUUUCUUCAAGAAAACGACAGAUGAAGGAACCAACACCAGUUCAUCUACAUCCACCUCUCCCGCCAUGGACCACUCCCAUUCAACCUCCACUACUAGCUCUGUUUCUAGCUCUGGUGGCUCCAGUGGUUCUUCCAAUGACAACCGCAACUACCGCUAUAGUAACCGCUACUACAACUCUGCUGUUACACAUUCAGACUAUGAGAUGACCAGUCCUCAGGCUCCCUCCCAGCAGCAGAUGAGGAUGUGGCCAGGCAGUGAUGGUGGAGGUGGGGGUCAGGACCCAGCAUACACCCAGUUGCUGCUUCACAAGCCGGCUGCCUCCCAACAACACCAGCGCCACUUCCUGGAUCCGCCACACCACCCCCACCCAACUUACUCUCACCACGGGAACGGUGGCCGUGGCCUGCGGCAAGGUGGACAGACGGGCAUCGGUGGAGGGGGGGGGCAGCAGGGAUCCUCGCCCCAGAUGAGUGACAGCAUGGAUGUGGGCGUGUCCCUAGGGCUGCACCACCUGGGGGCAGUGUCUUCCAUGGAGGCCUCUCAGUUUGGCUCUGCCUCCCUGCCCCUCGCUCUGCCAAUUGGACUGUCUGCUUUCCGGACUCGGACGGCCCCCACCGCCCCAGGGCCACAAGCCCCGCCCCCUGAGGACUACUACCCUGCCUCCAACAACAAUAACCCCGCUGCGGGGGGCAGAGGGAGGCCAGACUCAGAUGAGGGGCCAGCCAUCUCUUGAUAAAACCUGAACCAUGCCCUAAAGCCAUACAAUUUUAACUACAACUACUACAACUACACACAUACAGCCAGAGUUCAGAGACAAAGAGGUGAACUUUGUGCUGAAGGAGACAGUUUGUACUGCAUGAGAGGAGGAGGAGGAGGAAGGAGGAGGAUGCUGGGAAAACUCUCCUUUUAUCCUGUUUUAGUUUGUUGUCUUUUGUUGCGACUGUAAUCGGAAAGGAAUGAUUGUGACAAGUUUGUUUUUAUUAACAUUAUCAUUGUUGUUUAAUAUUAUUUGUGUUUUCUCGGGUUUGAGGAGUUGUGUGUUCUACUUGGUUGUUGUUUAAGCCUGGAGAGGAGGAGGAGGAGGAUGAAGAGGAAAGAGAGAGGAGCCAUGCUUUUCUAUCUUACGCCAUUCAGUGGCUGUAAGAGAAAGGAGAGCACAUGUUCACAAUGGUUAGUCAGGACGUUAGUAUAUUAUAUAUGGAUGCUGCUCCUAAAGCUAGGAAGUACUACUCUCUCUCUCUCUCUCUCUCUCUCUCUCUCUCUCUAUAUA